CUAACUUAAUCUGGCAUUGUACUGGAUGACCUGUCCAAAGUCGAGAGAAACAGAGUAUAGACUUUUCUCUCGACUUUGGACAAGCCAUCCAGUACAAUGCCAGUUUAUACAAGAUGUUCUAUGAAGUUGUGCUCUAUCAUGCAGACAACCUUGGUCCUGGUCAACAUCAGGUGACCCUUACCAAUCUUGCUGCAGCAAAUGGACUCGCACAAGAACUCAACAUAGACUACGCAUUGCUUACAUCAUUGUCAAAUUCAUUGGGAAGUUCAAUAUCUUCAGUGUGCGUACGUCCACUAAAUCCUUCCGUACAAAUCGGUCAACCUCUGCCUGUAUGCAGCAUCUGUGACUUCCACGUGAGAUAAAUUACUUUCGACGACCUCUGAUAACUUAUAUGCUACACAGAGGUUUAAUCUCAGGGGCUAUUGCUGGUAUCGCCGUGGCUGCUGUUGUGGCUCUCUCUGCAUUGGCAGCUGCCUUCUUCUUUUAUCGAC